AUGGUCUCCCCCCAAGCCGCGUCAUCGUCUCCCUUUGAAGCAGACGGCAAGAAGUCGCGGGCCAAGCACGCAUGUCGCGAGUGCAACACCCGCCGGGUUCGCUGCGAUGUCAUGGAGAAGCAGCCGUGCUCCAACUGCCUGGCCGCGGGAGCGACGUGCCAGGUUCUGCCGUCGCGGAGAGGAAGAUAUCCGCGGAGGUCGCGUCGGCUACUGCAGCAGAUCCCGAGUGAGAGCAACAGCAACAGCAUCACCACUCGGGCUCUCAGCGAGGCCAAUCUACCGCACACCAGCCAGGUCACUCCUCUCGGCACUCCAUCUCACAGCAACUCAACACCAGAUGCUGCGGCGUCUCAGCACUAUCCGGCCUCAGAGCCCCAAGGACAGGACGCCUCAUCGCCAUCAUCGCCAACGACAACGCCCGGAACCCGCUUCUUCGGCGAGUCCAACUUCCUCACGCUGAUACCGGGCGACGACGAGGGCGCUUCAGCUCAGCCCAACGUCGCCGGCAAUGGUCGCAACAGCCAAAAGCAGCGCUUCACGUUCCCCAUGCCAACCACGCCUCAAUCCACCGCCCAGACCGCCGAGGGCAACUCAGGCCGCAGUCCCGCCAUGAUGCGCUACCUCCGCGAUGAAGGCGCCCUGACUCUCCCGGAUCUCGAGAGCUGCCGGCCGGCCUUUGAAGCGUACUUUGCCCGCUUCCAUCCUGCCUAUCCCGUCCUCGACAGGGCUCUGGUGGCGCGGAAACUAGCCUCUGCGUCGUCCUUUUCGUCGGUGGACUUGUCGAGGAUGCUGCUCCAGGGAAUGCUCUUGAUCGGGGCGACGUAUUGCGACGUGGGCACGAUCCGCGCCAUGGGCUUCGAGGACAGGUCGCAGGCGAAGACGGCGUUUUACACCAGGGCGCGGGUGCUGUUUCAUGCUGACUGGGAGAAGGACGAGACUGUGCUGAUUGUGUCGUUGUUUCUGAUGAGUUUCUGGAGAGGGGCGCCGGCGCAUGUGCGAGAUGUGCGGUAUUGGCUUGGUGUUGUUAUUACGCUUGCCGAGUCGUACGGGCUACAUCGCUCGUCUCGAUCCAUGUCAAAGGACUCAUAUACUGCCUCCAUGAGACGAAGAAUAUGGUGGUCCAUCUACGUGAGAGAGCGACAGGCUGCCGCAGCUCUAGGUCUUCCCAGCAGAAUACGAGACGACGACUGCGACAUUGAGCCCCUCAGCCCAAUGGACCUGGAGUCUGAAGCCAGCCCUGUCGACCCAUCAUUCGGCUCAUGCCAGCCAGAACACGUCACAUAUGCCAUCAAGAUGGUGGAAAUUGCCAAAUUACUUGGCAGAAUCAUCGACCUCCAUUUCGGGCCUGGACACGCCUCCAUGUCCUCGGCCUCUCCAAAUACUCUUCAGGAUCUCAAUGCGUCUCUCGAAGCCUGGAUGGCGAGUCUCCCAGAAAACAUGAAAUAUUCUCCGGAUCAUGGCACAGAUUCAGUCUGGGCGUGCCUCCUCCACCUCGCAUACAAAAAUAGCUUCCUCCGCCUUGAAUCCACCACCCCUGGCUCCCAGGUCGUCCUCAAAGCCGCCUGCCGCAUCAGCCGAAUCGCUGAGGACAUGUCCACCCAGGGGAUCCUCCGCUACGGCCAAAUGCAUCUCAUCACAAGCAUCUUCUCCGCCCUCUGCAUUCACACCAUCACUAUCCGUCGCGGCACAGGCUUGACAAGGCGUCUUGCCGAACACCGCGCCGAAGCAUGUCUCCUCUGUCUGAAAGAAGUCCAAAAAUAUUGGCGCAUCAACAUCAACGUCCUCGACUUUUUCUUGCACUAUCUCGACCGUUCGAUUGCCGCUCGAUUACAUGGGAUGCAAUCCGAUGCCGUUGUGCCACCUUCUUCCAGCGCCGGUCAAGGUCCCGCCAGAGAAACAAAUGAUUUGAAAACCAUCGCGGAAGUGGAAACGGUUCCUUCGGAGUCAAAUUCGAAUCCGAAUGUAUAUGCUCCCAUCGAAUAUGACUCGGCAGUACCGAAUAUUCCUAUACCAAAUCUCGGCCCGGGUCAUUAUCUAGCGCAGGAAGAAUUCCGAGAGCAAUAUCUCGGACUGGUCAGUCAAGGCGAUGACUUACUCGGUGAUUUGGAACUAUUUCUGCAGGGCGAAGAUUUUUCACAGGCGGGUAAUGGAUUUAAUAUGCUGCAAAGGUCACUAUAA